CAGUUGUGCGCUCCCCGACCCGGAAGUGAACAGUUGCUCCAACAUGGCGGCAUGGAGGAGCUACGGCGUUUUACUCUUCCGGACCAGUGAGGACGUUCUCCGGAGCGUAAGGGGAGGCAGCAGGUGGACUCACAACUUGCAGCAGCGUUCCAGCUUCCGCAAAGUCGCCAAGAAGCCUGAAAGCAAAAAAGUUGAGGAUGAACUUGGACACUUCGACUCAUCAGAAGUGGCUUCCCACCGGCGGACAUCCAGCCCUCACUGGGAAUCGCCUCCUCCUUCGUCACCUAGCUCGCCGCGAGCAUUUGGCCGGCUGGUGCGCCCGUUGCUUUUCACCGUGGGGUUUACAGGCUGCUCCUUCGGCUCGGCGGCUAUCUGGCAGUACGAGUCGCUCAAGUCUCGCGUGCAGGGCUACUUUGAUGAACUGCGAGCCGAUUGGCUGGAGAGGGUGCGGCCGCAGAAGCGAGGGGACGUCCGCAAGGAGGUCAAUCAAUGGUGGAACAGUUUGAGUGAGGGACAGAGGACAGUCACAGCCAUCCUAGCCGCUAACGUGGUUGUGUUCUGCUGCUGGCGAGUCCCGUGGCUGCAGCGCUCCAUGUUCAAGUACUUCACCGCAGACCCCGUUUCCAAGACAUUGUGUUCUCCGAUGCUGCUGUCCACCUUCAGCCACGUGUCCUUCUUCCAUAUGGCCGCCAACAUGUAUGUCCUGUGGAGCUUCUCCACCAGCGCCGUCUCCAUGCUGGGAAGGGAACAAUUUCUGGCUGUCUAUAUGUCGGCUGGCGUGAUUUCCACCUUCUUCAGCUACGUGUGCAAAAUGGCCACCGGGAGGUUUGGUCCCUCUCUGGGAGCGUCGGGAGCCAUCAUGACCAUCCUUGCUGCCGUUUGCACCAAAAUGCCUGAAGCCAAACUGGCCAUCAUCUUCCUCCCGAUGUUCACUUUCAGUGCGGCCAACGCACUGAAGGCGAUUGUUGCCAUGGAUACGGCAGGUCUGGUGCUGGGAUGGCGCUUUUUCGACCAUGCGGCUCACCUGGGUGGCGCCAUGUUUGGCAUUUGGUACAUCCUCUUUGGACACGAGCUGAUAUGGAAGAACCGCGAGCCUUUUGUUAAGUUUUGGCAUGAGCUACGGACUGGUCGGGGUGGCGGAAACGGGGGCGAGCGAGGAGGCUCCACGUAGGACGUUUGAAUGGACUCGAGUGAAUGACUCGUUCUCCCAACUUGAUCGAUACUUGUUGUAAACUUGAUAAAUAAUUGCUGUACAGAUCAGCCAUUUGGCGUACUUCCCAUGAAGAUCUCCAAGCGUAGUUCUUACUUUAUUAUUGAAGUCUUGAAAAUGAUGUUUCAUCACAUGAUUAGUAAUUGUUGAUCUUUUUAUUCUUUCCCCAAUUGUCUUGACAAAGUGCAAGCCAAGACACUAAGCUGAUUCAAUUUGGGUGGAGAUUGACCUUGACUCAAUCAGGAACAAGGUCAGAAAUGUAACACCACUUCAAGUCACAUGUCAAAUUGAAACCCUGGAUGAGGGCUUUCUAGCAAUGUCAUUAUUUUGAUAAUACACUCUUAAAAAUGACACAGUGGCCCCCAUUUUUAAUUUAAAUGUUACAAUUAUAAGUUGGUAACAUUUGCUACACUGACUUGUUAUACUGACAAGUCAGUACAAAACCAUGUUUGGUGACAUGGUGUGGCACUUUGGCAAGAUUCCCACUUUCACAGUUUAGGUGACGUAAACAGACCUCUUGCUUUAUUUUGUUUUAUGUAUUUCUGCGACACCAAUAAAGGCACCAUCUACAAUCUCCA